AUGGUGUCAUUGACAUUUACUGAGAACUCGACCAAAACAAGUGUUGAACCAUGGUUUAUUCCUUGCGAUAUUUUCAUGCUUAUUUGCAAUAUCUUGACUAUUACACUUACAAUACUUUUUUUAAUUCUAAUUAUUCUUGAUAAAACAUAUCGAACAGUUCCAAUGGUACUCGUUGGUAAUUCAUGUCUGACUAUACUUUGUUUUGCAUGUACUAUGCUCGGUGCAACCUCAUCUACCAUUGAAAAAGAUCUCAAACAGAUUCAAUAUCAAGAUCCACUUUGCAUUUUCUUCGGCUAUCUAAUGUAUGCAACGCCUACUGUACAGAAUUAUUCAAUACUAUUACAAGCAAUUUAUCGUUAUUUACUAAUAGUUCAUCCAACUCUUCGCUAUGUUAAACGAAUGAAUAGAGUUGUUACAGCAAUCAGCACAUUAUCACGGGCACAACGGGAAUUGAAAAUGGUUCGACGUACAGUUAUACUUAUAUCAAUUCUUGUUACGCUUUUUAUUCCGUACCAAUUGUUUGCUAUAAUGUCAUUCUUCAAUUUUACAAUAAAAUAUGAUUUUCGAAUUGCCUUUUUAUUUGGUGAUACAGGAAUGCUAUGUGUAGUCAUUGCUUUGUUCAAAUUUACAGAUCCAUUAAAAACGUCUUUAAUGAAAAGAAUAAAUAAAUGGACAAAUACAACUGUAGCACCUUUAUCAUAA